CUGUGUGGCGGGUAUUUAAUAAUGCGCUCGAUUUAACUUGAGUCAGUUUUUUUAGUAAUUGUUCGCAUGUGAAAUCAUCACUGCUUUUGUACGUGACUUUAACUGCAUAGUUCUGACUAACUCCCAUGUAUGUGACAAGUAGCUAGUAAAAUGGUGGCUGUAUCUGACUGAAGUUGUGACUUCCGAACUCUUUUGUGUAGUGGUUCAAUCGAGUAUGCGGAAUUAAAUUGUCGGAUCUGUGUGCGAGGAUUAGAAAUGAACUGUAGUGAAAGUCAUAAGUGUACUAAUGUCAGUAGAGUGGCUUGAAUACUCGUUGAGUGUUUUCAUUCAGAAACAUGUUGUAUAUAUAUGAGAGUUUGCAUUGCAAUUGAAUUGUGUAUAAUUAAGGAUUGUGCAUUAUUGAUCUGAGAGAAUUUAAACGUAUCCAGUUGUUUGUAUACAUUGUUAAGAUUCUCAAUGAUCAGUGAAAAUUAUCAAUAAAAAAAUAAUUUUAAAAGCGUGGCAUUUUAACCAUGGAUGUACAAGUAACUCAGACACCAAAGGUAACAGAGAGACGAGCCAAAGUUGAAGUGAAAUCUGAAUCUAAGCUAGAUAGACAGAAGAGUAGAAGGUUUAGUCGCAGGUUUUCCUACAGCAUUCGGAGAACUUUUCGACGUAAACGCAAGAGGAUGAGCAUAUCUACACCAGUAAAACAUGACACAUCCUAUGAGAAGCUUGUGGGUGACAAGGAGGGGCGGAGAGGAAGUGUUCCUGCGGUGCCUCCUGUAGUCAACGAGGUUACCAUGGAAACACCGGAAACACCACACCGCGCACCUUCAAGAUUCACGAAUUUCUUAAGGUUCAAGUCCAAUCUGAAGCGUACAAAGUCUGCACACAAGUUGGACAGGAAGCGAAAUGAAGUGACGAGCCCAGAGUCAGAAAACAACACGUUUGUUGGCACUCUGAAACGCACUAUGAGCCUUGGUCGGCUCUCACGGAAACGGCUUCGAUCUAAAUCAUCUGACCUUGACAACGGGAAAUUGCACGAGCACCAACACUUACAGCCCUGUACCUGUGUCACCCCGACCCCUGAAGCCAAAAGCACCUGGUCUGUGAUCAGUUCGCGGCUGAAAAACUCGCAGUCCCAUGAGUCCCUGCUCACCUCUCACGUCACUCCGCUGCACUCCAUCGACCUGACGGGGUCCGACAUGGAGAUCCGACCCCUGCACAGCAGCAUCCUCUCGCAGGAACACUGCCUCCAGGUUUCCACAAUGCACGGACGAAAGUUCAUCUCCUGCAGAACUGCUGAAGAACGGGAGAAAUGGAUGCUGAGUUUAAGGAAGACUGCCAAUCCUCAGCAAGAAAACACCAGACGAUGUGAGUCCUCCCUGAAAGUUUGGGUGCAGGAAGCCAAGAAUGUUCCGUCCAAGAGAAGAUACUUCUGUGAAGUGUUGUUGGACAAGACAUUAUAUGCAAGGACAUCCAUAAAGACCAUGGGGGACAUGCUGUUUUGGGGGGAACAGUUUGAAUUCAACAACUUGCCUGCAGUUGAAUAUCUCGUGGUGAACCUGUACAGGGAGGGAGACCAGAAGAAGAAAAAGAAAGAAUUCAACACAUUAGUCGGUUACACGAAAAUACCCAUCACAGAUGUUAGUAACAACCGACAGUAUGUGGAACGAUGGUUCAACACUAGUUCUGGUACUGUGGGCAAGGGAGGUAAGGAGAACAAGACUGAUCUCCCUUUGAUCCGACUGAAAGUGCGUCACCAGAAUGUGGAAAUCCUUCCCGUGAGGCUGUACAGUGACCUGUCUCAGUACAUUGGUGACAACUACAUCGUCCUGUGUGAGCAGUUGGAGCCUAUAGUGAAUAUCCGUGACAAGGAGGAGCUUGCAACAACGCUCAUCAAGGUUAUGCAGAAGCUUGAAAAGGCCACAGACUUCCUGCGUGAGGUCGUCAUGUCCGAAGUUUUACGCUUAGAUAACUCUCAUCUCACAUUUAGAGGUAACAGCCUGGCCACAAAGUCGAUGGAAGCCUACAUGAAAAUUGUGGGCGAAAAGUACCUGAGCGACACGUUGGGUGAAUUUGUUCGCAACAUAAUCCACUCAGAGGAUGAUUGUGAGGUGGACCCAACGCGAGUUGCCAUGCCACAUUUUUUACAACGGCAACAGACCAACCUCCGAAUGUACUGUGAUAUGGCAUGGACGAAAAUCAUCACUUCGUCAUCAUUCUUUCCAAGCGAGCUACGAAACGUGUUCACGUGUUUUCGACACCGAUGCGUAGAAGAAAACAAAGGGGAUCUGAGUGAAAACCUCAUCAGUGGAUCGAUUUUCUUGCGAUUUCUCUGCCCCGCCAUUUUGUCUCCGAGCCUGUUCCACCUGACGCAGGAGUUCCCCACAGAGAGGGCGGCUAGAAACCUGACCCUGAUCGCUAAAACUAUACAGACACUGGCAAACUUCUCCAAGUUUGGAGGUAAGGAAGAUUACAUGACCUUCAUGAACGACUUUGUGGAAGAGGAGUGGACCAACAUGAAAGAUUUCCUGACCAAGAUCUCUUCACCCGAUGAGAAUGACAACUACACGGAAUACGACGGGUAUAUAGAUAUGGGCAAAGAGCUCUCCAUGUUACAUUCACAAAUAGAGGCAACCUUGGAGAAGGCUCCACAGGAGACCCUAGACAGCCUGGGCAACCUUCCCAAGAUUCUGGCUCAGGUCAAUAAUGACUUGAAAGACCCCAACGUGAACCAACGAAAUAAACCACAAAACCGAAAGAGCCAACAGUACGACAACCUAGUGAACAUUCAGGCUCACAUUGACCUUACCACGACCCCUACAGAGUUGCUAAGGGAUAUGUUAAAACAGUGUGGUGGGGAGUCCCCAACAAACUCAAACUUGUUCGUGAACAGGGGAACAGAAUCUCCUAACGGCAGCAUUGACAACGAGUGCGAGUCGUGCGAUUCCAGGCUCACCGAUGACAGUGCAAGUUCAACCUCAAAAAAUGAAAUUCACAGGUCGGAAGUUGCAAACGUUUCUGUUACGAGCCGAUCAAACGUGAGCGAAUCUCGUGUGAAUAAGUCGUGGAGUCAGAUGGUGAGUGCGGCGGAGGUUGUCAAUGGUGAGUUUAUCGACCUGAUCACCUUCAUGGAUGAAGAAGGGAACCAUUCUGUAGACUCUGAGGGCAAUGGUAAUGGUUCCCAGAUGUCGAUAAGUCAAAUGUCAACAAUGGCAUCGUCUGGGUAUCAAUCGUUCGGUUACAGCCAGUCAAGUUCUCCUAUAGAUCAUGACAAACAGGAGGUCACCCCUCCAGAACCCCGCAAGACGCAGCAAUACACGCACAAUAGCAACUAUACGCAUUCAACUCCAUUGUCUUUCUCUAAUCCCAUGUACAGACUAAACAACAGGGGUGUAUCUGUCUCUAGUCACAGCAGGAAAACGUCGUCACCCAUUCAGAAAGUCUCAAGUAAUAGCUCUUUGAGUAGUGAGGGGGAGACGCAAACAGUGACCACCAUCAGUCCAGUCAGAUCAGAACAGUUGAGAUGUAAAGAUCUUAAUAAACCACUCGUCCUUCAUUCGUUCAACUCUAGCAGUACGGACUCCGUAACGGAGCGAGAAAGAAUCACCCAAAGUGUUUCAAAUAACAAUGUGUGCUAUUCAGACUCGAGUGUUGAUAGCAGUCGUGUGGUGCAGACCAGUUUUUCGAACAACAAUGUUUCUUCAAUAACGAUGGAAAUUAACACCAAACCGCGACACUCUCAAUCGAAUAACAGUUUAAGUGCUAAAACAAAAUCAUCAUUGGUGAAUGGUAACUCAUAUUCAUCGAGUGAAGGAACGCGCAAAUUUUCGUUGGAAUUACGUGGUUCUUCAAGUCCCGUGUUGUCUCAUAGUGCUCGAUCAACAUCAAGUUCUGCCACAUCAUCCUCAUACACUACAACUUACUACAACACUAUUGGCAGUACGCCAAGGCGUGGACAUGAACUCUCUAACAGUGUUGACUUUGCAUCCAUGUCAAAAUCGCAAUUUUCUACACAUGGACACUCUGAUCAGAUGCGUAGAACUGCGACGGAUACAAGUAUCUCUCAGCACGGUGCCUCUUCAACUAGCGAAGGCUCUUCAGUCUCGUCCUCUACCAGGAGCAUUACCUCCCCUGACGACAGCUCUCUGUUCAGGAGGUUGUCCGCCCAGAAUGCAGUUCACAUGGGAAUACGAUCCGUCCAGCGGCGUAUACACGAACAGGAGAAAAGUAAACAAGAGUACGAACAGGAGGUGACAGUCCUGAAGCAGCAGCUACUGGAGGCACAGGAGAGACUGAAGCAGGCAGAGGAGAGGCUACAGGAACAGGAGACGGACACGGAGUGGCAGCACAGGCUGCGGGAGAGUGAGGAGAGGAUGCGCAGGCAGCAGGCUGAGAAGGAUGACCAGAUGAAGACCAUCAUUCAAAGGUUGAUGCACGUAGAGGAGGAGCUCAGAGAGGAACAGGAGGAGAUGCAGAAGACCGUUGCGCAGAAACAGCAGGUCAUCGAGGCCCAGGAGCGUCGCAUUCAGUCGCUCAACGUCGAGAACAGUCAGCUGAUACUUACCCUUAACCAAUUGAAAGAGCAUUACAGCGCCACUGCUGCCAAGAACGGGCUCGUACCCCCGCUGAAGACAAAACUUGCUGAUGUCUCGCAGUUUAAGACCAGCUCUUGUUAAAUAUUUACUUUAAGGCUUGUUUAGUUUCGUGGCUGAGGAGAACGAAUAUUUUUUUGGGGAAAGUAAGAAGCUAAAGAUGAAAUCUGUUGAUUGAAGACUGAUUUGCUACAAGUAAAAAGAGAUAAUAAGACUCACAAUUUAAGCCAAUAUACAUUAAUAUGCUCUAGCAAAAUCUUGCUUGCUUACAUACUGGUGUUUCUCAGUUCUGUACAAUAUAAUGAUUGUCAUGCUUGUUGGAGUUGGUAAACAAUGUUUAAAUAAAAAAGUGAAGUUUAUAAGAAGAGUUUUAAUUGAAAGCUGGUUAUAAUAUGUGGGAAGGGAAUGCAUGGCAUUAGUGAAAAAGAUUGCUGGACAUUGCAUUUAUAUUUCCAUGUCACAAUGUAUUAUAAAGCGAGAUUAUUAUACAGAAAACCAGUUUUGUCAUUGUUGUAAAUGACUUAAUAGAACAGCACUGCAUUCAUUUGUUUUGAGAUGCUGAAAACCAGCCCAUACUCUUUAUAGGUUUUUUUAAUGGUAUUAAUAAUUUAACAGUAUUUAUAUGUGUUCAAUAAUAAACAUUGGAAUAAGACUUUCGAAUAAGAAUAUAUAAAAAAUCGAUGCCAAGCUAUGCAUUUGAAGUGCUGUUUAGACCAAAAGAUGUAUGUUCUGACAAUCAUAAUUGUUACAUAAAACCCUAAUAAUGUUUUUUUUACAAUGGGCAAGUGAUACAACAUGUUAUAUGUAUAUGAUAUGAUGAAAGCGCCUUUGUAUUGUGUGCAUAUUGUGUGCUAUCAACAAUGUUCCUGUCUACUUAACCCUUUCAGUGCGGGAACCGAAUUUUGAAGGCCUUUGCAAACAGUUUGGAUCCAGAUGAGACGCCACAUAACGUGGCGUCUCAUCUGGAUCCAAACUGUUUGCUA